AUGAAGGUAAAAAAAGAGAAAAUUCGAUACAUUCUUCAGUACCACUACGACCAAGGUAAAAAGGCGGAGCAGGCGGCCAAAAAAAUUUGUGCUGUUUAUGGACCCAAUACAGUAUCGAAUGCAACAGCAAAGCGGUGGUUCCAACAAUUCUGUUCUGGUAAUAUGGACGUCGAAAAUGAGGCACGCUCUGGUAAGCCAAUCGUCGAAAAUGUCGGUAAAAUCAUGGAAAUCGUCGAGUCGGACCGGCAUGUGAGCACUUAUUCCAUUGCCCAGGAACUGAAGAUUAUCCAGAAAACCGUUUGGAACAAUUUGCAUAAGGCUGGUCUCAAGAAGAAGCUCGAUGUAUGGGUGCUACACGAAUUGACGCAAAAGAACCUUUUGGACCGAAUUGAUGCCUGCGAUUCUUUGCUGAAACGUAACGAAAUCGACCCAUUUUUGAAGCGGAUGGUAACUGGUGAUGAAAAAUGGGUCACAUACGAGCACAACAGUCGAAAAAGAUCGUGGUCCAAUUGCGGUGAGCCGGCCCAAACGAUCGCCAAGCCCGGAUUAACGGCCAAGAAGGUUUUGUUUGUGUUUG